AUGAAAUCAUCAACACCAUUUGCUGAAGUAAGCAAAGUUGGUUACUACGAAGGUCAAGAGGAAGAAAUACUCUUCUCGACACAUACGAUUUUUCGCAUCGACCAGAUCGAACGAAUAGAAGAUAAACACACUGAUCGGUUAUGGCAAGUUACUCUCACCCUCGCAGGUAAUCAAGAUGAUGAUUUUAACAAACUCACGACACACCUGCGAGAAGAGAUUAGUCCUGAAACCGGAUGGUCUCGACUGGGUUUUAUACUUAUUACAGUGGGAGAGUCACAAAAAGCAGAACAUCUCUAUCAGAUACUCCUCGAAAAGGCAUCUACUGACGAACAGCGAUCGAGUUAUAAUUAUCAACUUGGUUCCGUGUAUUGUAGGAUGGGCGAGUACUCGGAAGCACUUUCAUGCUAUGAACGAUCACUUGAAAUCCUGAAAAUAACUAUACCUCCAAAUCAUCCCAACUUCGCCCUAACCUACAACAACAUCGGUUUGGUGUACGCUAAAAAGGGCGAGUACUCGAAAGCACUUUCAUCGUAUGAACGAUCACUUGAAAUCCGGAAAAAAGCUCUACCUCCAAAUCAUCGCGACUUCGCACAAUCCUACAACAACAUCGGUAUGGCGUAUGGUGAAAAGGGCGAGUACUCAAAAGCACUUUCAUGGUAUGAACAAUCACUUGAAAUCCAGAAAAUAGCUCUUCCUCAAAAUCAUCCCGAACGGGCUCUUUCCUACAACAACAUCGGUUCGGUACAUUAUAGUACGGGCGAGUACUCGAAAGCACUUUCAUCGUAUGAACGAUCACUUGAAAUCCAGAAAAUAGCUCUCCCUCCAAAUCAUCCGGACUUGGCUACUUCCUCCGCCAACAUUGGCUCGCUGUAUGCGACAAUGGGCGAGUAUUCAAAAGCACUUUCAUCGAAUGAACGAUCACUUGAAAUCCAGAAAAUAGCUCUACCUCCAAAUCAUCCCGACUUGGCUUCUUCCUACAAUAGAAUCGGUAAUGUGUAUAAUAAAAUGGGCGAGUACUCGAAAGCACUUUCAUCGUUUGAACGAUCACUUGAAAUCNUUAUGCAUCCAGCUUUUUUAAGAAGACUUCAUCACAUAAAAUAA